GUUUGGGUUAUCAGGAUGAAAAGAAUACAGUUAAUGGUAGAAUACAGAAGGAAUUGCUGGGCAGAAGCAUAACCAGGAAGCAAGAGGCUAGUGAGAUGAUCCAGCACAAAAUAGUAAAGUAGAUGCUUUGCCAUCCAGCAAGUAGCUGAGAACAAGAAGCAGUAACAGUAGCUAGGACUUAGUGAAAGCUUCCCACGUGAACCCGGCAGGUUUCACAGAUUCUCCCAGAGCCCAUAGUUUCUACAGAGGGAUUUUCUCAUCUGCAGCUUACUCACUGGAGAGAGUGGAAUGCGUCUGACGUUGGGGGGCUGGAAGGAGAAGCUGGAUUGUGGGAGUGGAGCUUCCGUAGUUCUGUACUGGGCAUGAGGAAGUAAGUGGUCAGGAAGUGCUGAGGCCAUUCCAAUCGUAGAAUCAUAUGAUUUUUUGACCAGAAAGGGGAUUAGGCAAUGAGUUGAGACCUCUCUUUCACCCUCGUAGAUAAAAGUGAUUUGCCCACAUUAAUUCCAAAAGCAAGGGAGAAUAUAAAAGGAACCCAUGUCCCCAAAUUUAAGUUUCCAAGAGACUCCAGUAUUCAAACCCAGAUUCUAGACAGGGAUAAUAAGAAACUGAUACUGGUCAUGUUGAAAGUGAAACUCCAUUAAACCUGAGUAGUGCUGGGGAAACAUAAGUUAAGACUCUUCAUUCCAUUAUAGAAGAUAUAUUUCAAUGACUGUGAGGUAGUAGAGAAAACACUUCCUAAGGAAACCCAGAGCUCUUCUCUAUCUCACGUUUCUUUUCACUGAAGCCUGAAGCUCAAAGUUCAUGGCUUCAUCAAAGCAGCUCCAAAUCCCGAAGGUGAGAUGGUUCUCACCUGGAACCCAUGUGUGUUCCUCUACCCUUUGUCUGGGAGCAAGUCACCUGGGAAUCACUCCAGCAGGUGGCUUCCAAAGUCCAACCUGCUAGGUUGAAAUCUGACACUGACAGAGACUCACUGGGAGCAGCUAUUGAAAGCUGAACCAGGAACCAGGAAAUACACCAGCCUCUACACGUAGAAAACAGCUGGGCUCCCUCAGAGACAGAGCACCAUGGGAAACCAGCUCUGCUGCGCGGGAAGCUGGAGCUGCCCAUCAACUUCCCAGAGGAAAAAGAAAACGGGAAGCCAAGCAAGACGGGCCCCGAAGCAGCAGCAGCAGCAGCAGCAGCAGCAGCAGAAUGGUGUAAAGGCCCAUGACACAAGAGGACCUAUUUAUGAACAGGUGUUCGAGAAGCCGGCGACUCAGGAGCGGAGUCAAGGCCUCAGGUUGAAGGAGAGCAGCUUGCAUUAUGCAGACAUUCAAGUGUGCAGCUCCACCCAGCCGCGCUCUGCUCGGGAGGUGAAACACCUGCAGUCAGAAAAUGCUACGCAGUACGCCACCCUCCGCUUCCCCCAGGCCACACCGCGCUAUGACAGCAAGAACGGGACCCUAGUGUGAGCGCUGGGGAGGACGGACCUGUUUCCAUCCCUUCACCCCUGGGGAGAAUCUGCCCUGGGGAAGUGGCUGGCACCCCAGCGAUGGCUGCCGCGUUUUCAAGAACUCCAGAGCCCUUGCGAGUGCUCCCAGUCUUGCCCCCUUCCCUAAGCCUAUUGUCUUCUUUGCCACCAUUAGCUUGGAGUUGUAUUGGGGCUAGCCGGGGGUGGACGGAGUUCCACAAAAUGACGGGGGCUAGGAGGAGCUGCCGGAAGUCUGUUGGCCCCUACCCUGGCUCCUGCUUUCAAGAAAAGCACUGAUUAGGAAGGUUGCCCCAGCACUUGAGCUGGUUUUGUUGGGAUUAAUUUAAGGGUGUCUCUUCUACACACCUUAAACGCCCAAGCUGAAGAAGGACAGGUGCUCUGGGAAAGCAUCCCGACUCUUGCGCACAGUCCCCAGAGCUGGCUUGGGCAGUUCCCUCGGUGGCUGGGGUCAAGGGUGCCAGAAGCCAGACAGACAAACGAGGCCAGGGGCUGAGGCUGACCGUGGGUUACCAGUACAAGUCCCUGACACCACUGCACGGCCCGGAAACUCCCCUUGGCUGGACUGUGGGCUCUCGCAGGUGCGGAGCCGCUAGGAUGAAUAAAUCGCAGAAGGAACGUG